AUGGCGGUUCCAGAGUAUCGCGACGAAGUCUUGAUCACGCUUUCGAGCGUGAAUCCUCCUCCAGACUUUACAUUCAAAAAACGUCAUGUUUUUCUCACAAAGAAGAAUCCCACAAUCCAAAUCGGCAGAACAAGCAAGAGAAAGUCAUCUCUUGAAGCAGGCAAGUUCAACGCAUGGUUUGACUCGGCAGUCAUGUCCCGAAAGCAUGCCCUUCUUGUAUUCGACGCCGAAAACCAGAAAGUUUAUAUAAUGGACACGGACUCUCUCCACGGUACAUAUAAGAACGAUAUCCUCCUGAAAUUGAACGAGAAGGCAGAAAUUUCGACUGGAGACAAACUUAUGUUUGGCACUUCUAUUGAUAGAGGCACGCAAAAAUACCCACCCACAACACUCGAGACCACUCUCAAGUACGGAUCUUUGGACCCUGCGCACCGCGGAAACUGUUUCCGUGUACCUGACGACUUCGAAGACAUGAGCAGCGACGAGGAUCAGGUACAAAACAGCUGCAAGAUGCUGCACGCGAAAAAAGUCCGCCCUGCUGCCCCUGGGGCAUCACUCCUCAACGAUUCGCCGAUCGACUUGACCUGCGACGAAGAUCGAUCUUUGCUGCCUAGCCCACAUGCUGCACCUUCUCAGCCCCCGCCUGCAUUGAAAGAGCGUCCGACCUCUAACGACGAUUUCACUCCUCCCAAAGAUAUUGGAUUUUGGACCGAUGAGGAUGAAGACGGUGAUAUGUACGACGGCGAAGAUGAGGAGAUGGGAGAAGACUCCCACGUGGACCAGUCUACAUUCAAGGGUACAGACGACGACUUCCCAGUGGCUCAUUCGCAGUCUUCAUCCGAUAUGGACGUCGAUGACAGAUACGAUUCUGAGUCGGCAGACGAUGGCUUUGACGACCAGGAUGAGUUCGAGGAAGAGAACACGCUCGGUUUGCCCAUUCCAGCUAAUAACAACGCAAAAACAACCGGCGGCAUCUCAGUACAAGCCUCAAGUGCAGACUCUGGCACCCCUCAACAGCAAAAGAUCAAUGUCAUUGACGAAGAAACUACAAAGGAUCUCAACCCGCCCGCGUUCGGCAAACCAUUAGGUUUGAAACCCAACCACUCCAAGACGAACGACUUCUGGAAGCCUCCUCAGCAAUCUUUGCCAACACCUGGUCCGCUACCUUCAAUCGCUGAAUUGACUAGAAAGCAAUCUCACUAUACAAUCGACACGCCUAAUGAUGUAGUUGAGACUAUGGGCAGAAAGACUGGCAAGCCGGAGUUCUUUGCUGCCAGGGAAGUCAACAAGGUAUUGAGUGCUGGAGCUAAACUUCCAUGGCCCUUGGAUUACAUCCCAGCUACUCCGCCUGACCACACGCAACAACUGAAUGAGUUGUUCAGUAACUUACAAUCCCUACAGGGCGACCGAGUUGUCGUCCCACUGCCCUCUUCUGAUUUGACAUCUUCUUGCGCUCGAUUCCUCGAAACUACUCAAGGUCCUUUCCGCCAGGUUGAGCCAGAGACCGUCAAUGCAGAGUCUACCCUGGAUGGUUCGGCGGCGUUCGAUUUGGAGCAUAGCAAGAAGACUUCUGCCGUUGACGAGCCCGUCGCUGAUACAUUGGACCACCCAAUGACUACGCAAAACGACGACGAAGAAGUUUGUACGCUGCAGGAUGCAGCGCAAGCACCCACCGCCUCAGAGAGCAACAAGGACGAAGCAGCCAAGGUCACAGACGAGCCUACCAAAACCCCCAAAUCCUCGAAGAGAAAGGCUGAGGAAAUCUCUGAGCUCGUUGCCGAGGAAGAGCUUAUCGACUCCGACGAGCCCCCCCUGAUUACUCAACGGGCCGCAUGUCUGUCACCCAGAAGGGCCGCACGCAGCAGACCUUCGCCGCCCAAGCGUCUUCGUCGUAUGGCCGAGGUUGUAGGAUAUGCUACGCUUGGUGGUGUUGCUGUCAUGUCAGCACUCAUUGCCACAGCCCCUGCCCUUUAA